CGAAAAACAACACUCUUCUAUUCUAGAGGCGUCUAUAUGAUCAAAUUCACUUUCAGUAGUGACUAACAGAAUUUAUAAAUUUAUAAUAUCAAUAUGAUGAAGCUGAUGAUGAUUGUUUACUUCCUUUCGAUUUCUAUCUUCCUAUCAACCACCGCUGUCACUGCCUCUCAAUGUUCCAUUAACGGAUUACCACUGGUGAGAGAUAUCAGUGAGUCACGGCAAGAUAACUUUGGAAUUCCCGGGUUAUCUCACAUUACUAUUGCAGGUUCGGUCAUGCAUGGACUGAAAGAGGUGGAGAUAUGGCUUCAAACGCUUGCUCCAGGAGCACGCACACCCAUUCAUAGGCACUCAUGUGAGGAAGUUUUUGUAGUCUUAAAAGGGAGUGGUACUCUUUAUAUUUCGUCAAGUUCUCAUUCGAAGUCCCCUGGCAAGCCAGAAGAAUUCAGUAUCUUUUCGAAUAGUACAUUUCAUGUCCCCGUUAAUGAUGUUCACCAGGUCAGGAACACAAAUGAAAAAGAAGAUUUGCAAGUUCUAGUUGUGAUAUCUCGUCCACCUAUUAAAAUAUUCAUGUAUGAUGAUUGGCAUAUGCCACACACUGCAGCCAAAUUGAAGUUCCCAUUUUUCUGGGAUGAAGAAUGCUACCAGAAAACCGUUAAAGAUGAGCUUUAACCUCCAAAAACACUACGAGUUUACUGAUACAAGGCGCGGUUGUCUUGUGGUUAGUAUGCGUCAUAGUUAUGGUUCUGACCACCGCAUAUCUCAAACGAAACAAGGAGAAUAUUUGUACUUGACCCGACAUAAUAUUUGUAACUUUAUAAACAGGCCCUAAAAAUUAAAAGAAAAGAUAAAAGAAGAAUACUAUAGCUAAAAAUUUGACAAAA